AACAGUUAACUAUAUCAACUAAAGGUGGGAGAUAUUCUGUGCAACUAUCACUGGUUAAACAGAAAGUGCUUCAUUGGGAAAUGCCUUGUUUUUGUUGAACAGCAAGUCUUUUUACAGCAGACAUAAAAAGCAUCUCAAUAUUGUCAAAUGUUAAGAGUAAAGGAUUGUUAACUAAAUCUUCUGAAUAAAAUACAGAAUGGACACCAGAUAAACAAUGCAAUAAAACUUGAACACUGACUUGCUUUGCUAUAUGAGAAAAAAAUGUGGUGCAGUAUUUGGUCUAAUACUUCAGAAACAUUUCCAUAAGAAGUGAUUCAGUGAAAACACACUGUAAAAGAGAUGUGAAUGCACAUAUGGGGAAAGAAAUUGGAGUUCAGGUGUCUUCGGAUAAUUCAUGGGAUGUUGAUAAAUUGGGCGGUCAGAUCGCAAGUCCGCACUGUCUUUCACAUAUUGUGAUGACAGAAUAUUUUUUUUUUUAAAAAGAAAAAAAUUCUGAAAGAAAAAUAAAUACUGUUUUCUUUAUCUGAAGGGAAAAGAUCUGAAGAAAGUUUGGUCUGUGAAUUGCGAUUUGAGGAAGUCUUUCUUCACGCAACAUUUCCUGACAUGAGCAUUGAGCAAUUCUGACUCCAGACUCCCAUAAGGUCUUUACAGGAAACCAGCAACACAUCACGCCCUUCGAUGUAAACUUCUUCAUCUAGAGAGUGAUCCUCAGCUGAGUCACUUGUAGUUCAUGUCUAGUUUGAACAAUAGUCUGUAAAAAUUAUCUGAAAAAUCAUUCAAACACGAUGAGAGUUUUUGUGCUAUUGCUGUUACCACUGAUGAUUGAGGACUCACUCCAAGAUUCAGAUUCCAGAAACAUUUUACCAAAAACAUAUCCUGGAAACUUGUCAAACGGCUCACAGUCCUCCAACUCAACCUUCCCGGAGCCUGUGAUAAACGUCAACGAUGUCAUCAUCAAUCACACCACAGGAACGGUCAGCACUAGGAUCAUUCCAUCUGCGUACAUCCUAGCCAUCCUCAUCGGGAUCCCCUCCAAUGUCUAUGUGCUAGUCUCCCUUAGCAGAAGAAAGAAUCUUUCCAGCUGUCUCCUAUAUUUCAGCCUAGCGGUGUCAGACCUUCUCUUGCUACUUUCUCUCACACUCAGAGUCCACUAUCACCUCAGUAACAAUAACUGGAUGUUUGGAGAGUUCGCCUGCAAGAUAGUGACUGCCUGCUUUUAUGGGAACAUCUACUGCUCGAUCCAUGCCCACAUGUGUAUUAGUUUGAUGCGCUACUUUGCAGUGGUCCGUCCAUUCCUCUACAGGACAAUGCUGAAAAUACACUACGCAAUCUACACCAGCUUAUCCAUUUGGAUUGUUUUUGCAAUUGCCAUGACACCUGAGUUUCUGGUUCAGCAAAGCUACCGUGUUUUUGGGCAAGAGCUGGUGACGUGUCAUGAUAUCCAGUCCUAUGAAGAAGCUUUCAACCGAGCGUUGAUUCCAUACAGACUGAGUCUGAUCUGCCUGGGGUUCAUCGCACCAUCACUGGUCAUCGCCUUUGUUUAUGGAUCUAUCAUCUACCAUCUAAAUCGUUCCAGUUAUGACUGGAAACAGUACAUGAAGGCCAGCACGCUGGUGUUUGGGAUCUUUUUAGUGUGCUUUGCCCCAUGUAAUGCACUUCUUUUUGCACACUAUGUGAAGCUGUACACUCAGGAGGAGUAUGACUUGUAUUAUUACUACAGAGCAGCAGUAUGUCUGUGUUCUUUCCACAGCUGUCUGGACCCCUUCCUCUCAUAUCUCCUCACAAAGACUUCAACUUCCCGAGUCAAGUUUAGAUCCUUAAAGGCUUUGUUCCCCGAAAAACUAAAAUUAUGUCAUUAAUAGCUCACCCUCAUGUCGUUUGACACCUGUAAGACCUCCGUUUAUCUUCAGAACACAGUUUAAGAUAUUUUAGAU